AUGGAGGAAGCGGGAACUUCAACCUCGACCUUUAUUCCCAAAAAAAACAUUACCAUUGACGAGGCUUUGGAGAAGUUAAAGCAACGGUGUGAUGAAGAAUGGCAACAAAUAGUAAAUCUGCAACAUAAAGUGAUUGUCCCAAAACAAAAUGAAAGCCCGCUAUAUACGACACAAAGUAAGAAAAUAGCCAUAUUAAAACGAGAAGAGCAAAGACUGCUUUUUGAGAUUGAAAUGGGAAAACGAGAGAUGAAAAAAACCCAAAGUGUACCAUCCCUUGUUGAUGAACUUUUAGUUCGAAAACAAGUACAUCAGAUUAUACAACAAUAUAAGAGAUCAAUUCCCUCGUUACGUCAAGAAUUACAAAACACGAGGGAUAAAACCCAGAGAGAAAAACAAACACUCGAAGAAAGUGAUGCAAUUAAUUCCGCUUUAACUUUGCGUGUUGAAAAAUUAAAAAACCACGAUUCUCAAGAUUUGACAUCAACUCAGAAUGCAGAAAUUAGUCAGAUGCAAGAAAAACUUGCCACUGUAAAGAAGAAUCUGCAAUUUUUAAUGGAGGAAUUAAUUGCAUUUCUUGAUAAACAUUUUCCGUCAAAAUCGCUGUUAUCAGAAGAAUCAUCCAAAAAUGACGAAGAUGAUGAAUCAGAUGAAUCAACUUCAUCUUUAAAAGUUAUAUUAGAAGAUUUAAUGAAUCUAUCAUUCUCGAAACCACAUGAUCCGUGGCUUCUAAUUGAUGAAGCAAAGGUAUGGUCGCCAUAUGUAGAACUUUUGAUACGUGCUGAAAUAGCAGUUCGGAAUCCAAAAGACGCUACAAAGAUCAAAUUGGUUGAUUUUCAUGUGUAG